UCGUGUCGACUAUCGUCGUCGAGACAUACCGAAUUAGGCAUCUUUUUGUUUUCCUUCAAUCGUCUGUCUUUUUUGCGCACACAUAAUAGUUCAAUAACGAUUUUCUAUUAAUUAAUCUUUUAUUUCGAAAGCACGCAUUACUUUUUAUCGAAAAUAUUUAAAAUUUAUUAACAGUUUUAUAGUUAUAAUCUUAUUAAAAGUCUCUUUUUUUAUUUUUUCUUUUUUUAAGUGCAAUAACAUAUUUUCUUACAUAUAACCACACCAGAUAUGCUUUUACUAAUAUCCGAGCAGGUGUGGUUUCUUCCUUUUUAAAAGUAUCGUACAUAUGGCACAUGAACGUGAUAUUUGUCACGUAGGCCAUUCAGGUGCGAUUGUCAGCGCCUCUUAUAAUUCCAAGUGUAUACGCUAUACAAUAUUGAACAUUUUCGCAAGAGUAAUCAUGUUAACGUAACUGCGCUAAUUAAAAAGACAACAAAUAUAAAGCCAUUGACAUUUGACAAAGUUAUAUUUAUUUGCGUAGGAGAAACGUUAAAGAUUUAGCUUCGAUGAUCGAGCUAUACUUGUAUAAACGCUUUGCACUGUAGCGAUCUGAAAAUAUCGACUAAUGUUUUGACACGCCUCACGGGAAUAAAAGGAACUAAAAGUCGCGGUUAUCAUUGAGCACACGACAGUGUAGCAUAGGAUUUUUCAAGUGUACGUUGUAAAUACUUGUAUUGUAAUUAGAAUAAUUAAUAGGAUAUUAUAGUAGUUGUCAUGACGGAGGAAUUCAAGUUGGAUCAUCGUGCUAAGAAAAGGAUUAAAGAAGUUAAAAGAAAAGCUAGACCAGAACUUGGAGAUAAAGUAGCUUGGACUCAGCAUGGAUAUAGCAAAAAGUUUGAAACUUUUUGGAAUUUCCAAGAUAAUGUAGAACGCAUAGAUGAAUCUAUAGUAAUUACAGAAGAAUUUAUUGAAAAAUAUGAGAAACCUUAUAAACCUGUGAUAAUACAAGGUGUUCAAAAUGGUUGGAAAGCCCAACAUAAAUGGACUAUAGAGAGGUUAGUAAAAAAAUACAGAAACCAAAAGUUUAAAUGUGGAGAAGAUAAUGAAGGAUAUAGUGUUAAGAUGAAAAUGAAGUACUAUGUACGAUAUAUGCUCAACAAUGAAGACGAUUCUCCUUUGUAUAUCUUUGAUAGUUCGUUUGGAGAACAUCCAAGACGGAAAAAGUUAUUAGAAGAUUAUGUUAUUCCAAAAUAUUUUCGUGAUGAUCUUUUCCAACAUGCGGGUGAACAUCGUAGACCACCGUAUCGGUGGUUUGUUAUGGGGCCUGCUAGAUCUGGCACAGGUAUUCAUAUAGAUCCAUUAGGGACUAGUGCAUGGAAUGCACUGAUUUCGGGUCAUAAGCGUUGGUGCCUCUUCCCUACCAAUACUCCUCGUGAGCUUCUAAAAGUAACUGCAGCUGAAGGUGGAAAACAGAGAGAUGAAGCUAUAACAUGGUUUUCUGUUAUUUAUCCACGUACAAAAUUACCUACGUGGCCUCAAGAUUGCUUGCCAAUAGAGAUUUUACAAAAUCCUGGUGAAACAGUUUUUGUGCCAGGUGGUUGGUGGCAUGUUGUACUGAAUUUAGAUGAAACUAUUGCAGUUACUCAAAAUUUCUGUUCUCGUACCAAUUUUCCAGUUGUAUGGCACAAAACGAUACGUGGAAGGCCAAAAUUAUCACGUAAGUGGUUAAAAGUACUCAGGGAUAAAGAACCGGAACUUGCAGCACUUGCAGAAACAAUAGAUGUAAAAGAAGAUACAGGAGUAGCCAGUGAUUCAUCAAGUGGAUCUUCGAGUAGUUCUUCAAGCAGUAGCAGUAGUACUAGUCAAUCUGAAGAUGAAAGUGCAGAUGACAGUGGUCAAGAGUCACUUACAGCACACAAAAAAAAGAAGAGAAGAAAAUUGAAUAACAGCCAACCCUGACAAUAUCGAGUACAUGGGACCUACAAAGAUCUCAGACUGUACAGUAUUAACCAACAAUUAUUGUUUGUACUAAAAAUAAAUAUUAUAAUUAUUACCACCCUAAUGUUCAUAAUAAAAUAAAUGCUAGAUAAUACCAAACUAUUCUUAUUAGAUAAUGUUAUUAAUUUUACUUUUAGGCAUAUUAUAACAUUACGCUUAGUUUGCAGUUUGCUUAUUUUGUAGCAUUUGGCAGAAUGAACUAUACAAAUAGCAAAGAUUUUAUAUAGGUCAUACUUUUUCUCUAAUAAAAUGCAUAUAGUAAAUUAAACAAAAUUCUAUUUGAGUAGAACACGUUUUAAAAUUUUUUUAUCAGAUCUAAAAAUGUCUAAAAAUUUAUGCGAACAAUAAAUAUAAAAUAAAAGCAGCAUUACUGAACAAUAAAAAAAGCACAUUUCUUUUUUAUGUGAACUGUAUUAUUUUAAUUGUUUUAGUUGCUUGCGAUUGCUAUAAUUAUAUAUUGCUAUAUAAUAAUAAAUUAGAUUAAAGUCGCCUACAAUAUAAAAUAAAUAUAACCGAUUAUAUUAAAGUGUUAACUUUUUAGUGAAUUGCUUCUUUGGAAAGUUCUUGCAUCUCUCUUAUAGUAGCUCCACAAUCUCACAGUUCCAUCACUUUGCGUUGACACGGUAACCAUGCAAAGUACCACAUAGAAGCAAAGUAAUAAAAAUCAAAUUAAAUUUCCAUUUCCAUUAGGCAUAAUACAUGUUUUAGAGACAAUAAACCAUUACACACAACGAAUUUACAAAACUUGGGUGAAUUAUCAUCAACUUGGAAGUGUUCUCUUUAGAAUUAAUGAUGUGGAAAAUCAAUGCUUAUUUCCAAUGUGUAUUUUGAAUAUACAAUAUUUGAAUAAAUAUUAAGAUUAAUACAUUUUAAUAUAGAAUUAUCAUAGCACAUUUACCGCGUAAUCGAGACAAAUAUAUGUUUUUGCUAUUUUCUAUUUAAAGUUAUAUAAAACAAAUAUUAAAUAUACAAUUUAUUUACGAAUUUUUUAAUAUUAUCGAUGAUAUUUAAAAUAAAGUGCAUGUAUAUACGUAUGUGUAUGCAUAAAAAAGCCAGUGACUAUUAGCAAGACAAAAGAUGCUACUAAAUAAAUAAAUAAAUAAAUAAAAAAUAGAAACCAUUCAAAUUUAUGCAAUAUGCUCAAAUUUUUUAUGAUAAUCAUGGAAACAUUUUAAAUGCCAUAAAAUAUGUGUAUUACCAUAUCAAUAAAAAAUAAAGAAAACAAUAACAAGCAGCACAAAAAUAAAGUAAGUUAAAGAGAAACUGUGGAAAUAGACAUAGUUAAAGAGGAAUCAGGAAUACGCCACAGCUUCACCUCUCCAGAGCUGCAAUCAACAUCCAAGUUGUUAUUUCACUCAAGAUAUUAUUAAAUGAGCUGAACCUAAGCACAUUUUUUGUGAAAUUAUUUAUUUGCGAGUAAUUUAAAUAAUACAACAUCUGCCUUUAUAUUCAAUGGUGCAGAAUAUUUAUAAAAUGUGAUCAGUGCUUAGGGUGCAGCAAUGAAAAUAAAAUAGAUAUAAAUAUAAUGAACUCACUUGCUAGCAGUAAAAAUGUGUUGUUGAUUUGUUGUGACUGCAUUAAUUGCAGAUCCAUGUGCUCGAACUUCGCCAAUAGAAGUACAUUCUCCUGUUUGAUCUUUGGGAACUGACCAUGCUUUCAAAACACCACCACGACAUCCUGACACCAUUAUAGAACCAUCGUUUAUUAUACACAAUCCUAGGAUCCAAUCUUUGUGUGCAUUAUUUAAUGAUUGAACUAAUUCCAUUCUACCUAAAUCCCAUCUUUUAAUACACAUAUCUCUUGAACC